UACUAAAUGGAGUAUUUUAAUUUCUACUACUGCAGAUUACUGAUGAUCUCCUCUACUCACUUGCUCUAAUAUAAAAGCAAUUACGUACUGAUGACCUGGUAUGUAUUCGCCCGGCCGGCUUUCGUGCCGCUACUUUUAGCUGGUGAUUGAUCACUACUGCUGCUGCUGAAGAUUGUGGCCUCUGUGUAAGACGCCACUAGCUAUCUCCUCCGUAAUCCGGCUGUUGCUCCUCUAUAUAUAGCUGCGCCCGCACACAGACAGCUCGAUCCGGACGCCUCCCCACCCCCACCAAUCCGACGCGUCACGAGAUCAGCAGAGCCGAGCGUUCCGCUAGCUAGCUAGCUUGCUAGUACAUGCGUAUAGGCAGGCUCUAGCAAUUAAUCCAUCUGCUGAGGCGGCAGGGCGUAACCUCCUGAGAUCGAGCUGAGCUGAGCUUGCGCAGCAGCUGCUAGCGUCGUCCGCCCGUGCGUUGGUUCGUUGCAGGUCGUCCUCGAUCGGUCAUGGAGUGGAGGGACAGCUUCCUGGACCUGGCGCUCAUCCCGCUCAGCCUGCUGCUCCCCAUGGCGUACCACGUCUGGCUGUGGCGCGAGGUCCGCCUCCGCCCGCUCCGCACCGCCGCCGGCAUCAACGCCGCCGCGCGCCGCCUCUGGGCCGUCGGCAUGAUGAAGGACAACGCGAAGAACGCGGUGACGGUGGUGCAGUCGAUGCGGAACGUGAUCAUGGGGUCGACGCUGAUGGCGACGACGGCGAUCCUCUUCUGCACGGGCAUCGCGGCGGUGCUGAGCAGCACCUACACCGUGAAGAAGCCGCUGAGCGACACCGUCUUCGGGGCGCACGGCGAGUACAUGAUGGCGCUCAAGUACGUGGCGCUGCUGCUCGCCUUCCUCUUCGCCUUCCUCUGCCACACCCUCGCCAUCUGCUUCCUCAACCAGGCCAGCUUCCUCAUCAACACCUCCGACUGCCUCUUCUCGGCCGGCGGCGUCGCGGACCCGGAGCGCGGCGGCUCUGGCGGCGGCCUGCCGUCCGCCUGCAGGGACUACGUCGCCGAGGUCAUGGAGCGCGGCUUCACCCUCAACCUCGUCGGCAACCGCCUCUUCUACGCCGGGGUGCCGCUCCUCCUCUGGAUCUUCGGCCCGCUCCUCGCCUUCCUGUCGUCCGCGGUCAUGAUCCCCAUCCUCUACAACCUCGACAUCGUCGACCUCAAGGGCGCCCACAGCGGCUGCGUCAGCGCCAAGUCCGCCGAGGCCACCAAGGGAACCGAGUGCACGCACGCCAUCUGAAACCUGAUCCGCUGAUCGAGCAAAGCAAAAAACUCAUCGAAGCUGGGAAGAACCUGAACUUGUUCUGAACAAACCAUGUGAUGUUCUGUAGUAUCUUCGAUUCGUUUCAGUAUUCUGCUGCUGAUUGCACGACGGUGUGUGCGGGGCUUUCUUGUACCACAGGUCGCGAGCUUCAGCCAAUUGUCCAAAAAAGAAAGGAAGCCGAAAUCGCAAUAACAAAUUACUUUCUUUCUUGUA